UGUUUUCGAUUGCUCAUCGGAUUUCAGUGUGCGAAGAACCUUUCCGCCAAGCAGACGACGCCGAAAAGCUUUUCCGGAUAACUAAAACAAAAAUCAGCUGAAGCUUUCACGCCAUGCAAAAGCUGGGUAGAAUUGCAUGGGCGCUUGGUCAACGAACUGCCAGAGGCAGUGACAGAGGCAUCGCAUGCCUGGCCGCCCUCUCAGAGACCCACCAAAUCCUGCAAAAGACCUGCCGCGACUUUGCCAAUGCGGAGCUGGCUCCCCAUGCGAGACGCCACGAUCGUGAGCAGUUGUAUCCGGCAGAGCAAGUGCGGCGCCUCGGCGAACUGGGACUGAUGUCUGUCGCUGUGCAAGAGGAGUACGGUGGCACCGGUCUAGAUUACCAAGCGUAUGCUAUCGGCAUGGAGGAAGUUGCGCGUGGUGACGCGGCCGUGUCGAUUGUGAUGGGCGUAAACAAUCUCUAUCUGGGUGCAGUGCAGCAACAUGGUACCGAGGCGCAGAAGCAAGAGUUUCUGGUACCCUAUACCCAAGGGAAGCACAUUGCCUUCUAUGCGCUCUCGGAGCCGGGCAGCGGCUCAGAUGCCAGCGCCGCCAGUACCACUGCGAAGCCGAAUGCUGGAGGGGAUUAUUUGUUGAAUGGCACAAAGGCCUGGAUAUCCAACUCCAAGGAGGCCAGCGGUGGCAUCAUCUUCGCCACUAUUGACAAAAGCCUCAAGCACAAAGGUAUAACAGCUUUUCUGACUGAAAAGAAUGUGCCUGGGCUGUCUAUAGCUAAGAAGGAAAGCAAACUGGGCAUGUGCGCCAGCUCCACGUGCCAGUUAACGCUCGACGAUGUUUGCGUGCCACAAUCUCAAUUGCUGGGAUCGCCUGGAGAUGGCUUUAAGAUUGCCAUGGGAUCCCUAGACUGCGGUCGCAUAGGCAUUGCCGCGCAGUCCACCGGUAUAGCACAGGCUGCUCUCGAGCUGGCGAUCGACUAUGCGGAGAAACGAGUGGCCUUUGGGCAGCGAUUAGCCCGAUUGCAAAUGAUUCAACAGAAGCUGGCGGAUAUGGCACUGCGCGUGGAGACUGCAAGGCUGCUCACUUGGCGAGCUGCAUGGCUUAAGGAUAACGGACUGUCUAUUACCAAGGAAGCUGCCAUGGCCAAGCUACAUGCCUCCGAGACAGCCACCUAUUGCGCGCAUCAGUGCAUCCAGAUUCUGGGCGGCAUGGGUUAUACAACGGAUCUGCCAGCAGAGAUGUACUAUAGGAACGCCCGCGUCACGGAAAUCUACGAGGGCACUUCCGAGAUACAGCGUAUUGUCAUUGCCAAUUGUGUUUUGCAAAGCAUUUCCAAUUAGUUUAAAUAUGUAAAUAAUAAAACAAUUUUUUUACGCGAACUGCAUUUAAAAC